CACCGGCGGGGCCCGGCAGCGCCUUCCCAGCCGUGUCCCGCCCGCCGCCCCUCCCGCCGAGCGGGAUUUGUGCUGUGUCAGCCCCAGCCCGCGGUGUCGGUGUCCGGCCCCCGCCCGUCCGAUGUGCCGCCGUCCCUCCGUUCUGCGCUCCUGCGCCCGAUUCUCGCCGGUGCAGCUCUCCGGGCUGCUCGUUGUGUUUUGUUUCCGUUCCUCGUACCGACAGUGCGUGUUUCAUAACACCGUAAUUGGAACCUGCGGGAAUUCACAUCGUCUUGUGUGAAGAUGAACAAUCUGCUGAGAUGGCUGCGAGGUGGGAAGACGAGAAGGUGACUGAAGCUGCAUCAGAUGGUUUUGUUGCUAUUAAAAUUGACACCAAAAGUGAAGCAUGCCUGCAGUUUUCUCAAAUUUAUCCCGUAGUGUGCGUCCCAUCCAGCUUUUUUAUAGGAGACAAUGGAAUCCCUUUGGAAGUUAUUGCUGGCAGCGUUUCUGUGGAAGAGCUUGUUACCAGAAUCCAUAAAGUCAAACAGAUGCACACAGGGAAAGGGCGGCCUGUGGAGAACGGCAGUCAGGCAUCUGCUCCCUGUCCCUCCUCUCAGUCUGAUGGUGCUCCAGAAAAUGCAGAAUCCAGAGCAGGGCUUUGUAACUCUGCUGAGGCUCUUAUGCCUGAGACAGUAGCAUCUUCUGCUGGUAAUGAUGAAGCAAAUUCAGGUGAAGCAAACCAGGAAGCAACUAAUUCUGCAGAUGAGCAAGCAAAUGAUGCUCAGCCUGUGAAUGAUCUUACACUCAAAGUAGAAAGGUUAACAAAAAAGCUUGAAGAAAGACGAGAAGAGAAAAGGAAAGAAGAAGAACAGAAAGAAAUUAAGAAAGAAAUUGAAAGAAGGAAAACUGGUAAAGAAAUGUUGGAGUACAAAAGACGACAGGAAGAAGAACUGACCAAACGUAUGUUGGAGGAAAGGAACAGAGAAAAGGCAGAAGAGAGGGCUGCCAGAGAGCGCAUAAGGCAACAGAUUGCAAUGGAUCGUGCUGAGAGGGCAGCUCGCUUUGCAAAGUCGAAGGAAGAAGCAGAAGCUGCAAAAGCUGCAGCUCUUCAGGCUAAACAGGCUGAAAUAGAGGCCAGAAAAGAGGCAGCUCAAAGGGAGCGAAGUGCAAUAGCCAGGAUUCAGUUCCGCCUCCCCGAUGGAUCUUCCUUCACCAACCAGUUCCCAUCUGAAGCACGGCUAGAAGAAGCCAGGCAGUUUGCUGCACAGACGGUUGGUAACACUUACGGCAAUUUUUCACUGGCCACAAUGUUUCCCAGGAGGGAGUUUACCAAAGAAGAUUAUGGAAAGAAGUUACUGGAACUCGAGUUAGCACCCAGUGCUUCAGUAGUGCUGCUGCCGGCAGGAAGACCUGCGACUUCUGUUGUUCAGGCUUCGGGCAGUGAUCUGUGGAAGUUCUUGGGCACAAUCCUUUACCCCCUCUUAGCGGUUUGGAGAUUCAUUAGCAACUUCCUGUUUACGAGCCCUCCCCCCUCACAGCCCUCUGUGAGAUCAGCUCAUCAGCAAGAGCACUCAGCUCCCUCCACGUCGGGCAGCCUCGAGCAAAGCAGGCAAGCAGUCAGGAAACGAGUAGUGGAAAAGCGGGGGGAAGACUUCAAAAAAGAAGGCAAAAUAUAUAGACUGAGGACUCAAGAUGAUGGAGAAGAUGAAAACAAUACUUGGAAUGGAAAUUCUACACAACAAAUGUAGUUUUGAGUAACUGCAGUUACUAUCUGGCUGCUUUUUUUUUUCCUUCUCUUAUUUGAUCUGUCAACUAAAGCUUCUGGACAAGUGGGGCUUAUUUUCCACUGACUGAAUUACUUAAUUCUUAUUCCUGGUGGAUUAUGGAAUAAAGUCACUUAUGCCAGAAAAAUCAAGUGGGUGUAGGUGAAACCUAGUAAAAAGACUGAAAAUCUCCAUCAGCUUUCAUAAAUAUUGCCCUAUGCCAUAGAAAGGCACUUUUUAAUCUAUAAAUAUUCUGCUACAUAAAUUUAAGGGCCAGAUAUAUUCAUAUGAAGGUCAUGGUAGACAAUGACUGAUUAAAAUGAGGGUUUCAGAAGCACUAUAAGUAGCAAAUCACGUAACUAAUUUAUGUUUAACUUUUUUCUUGCUUCUGCAACUGCAAGCAAAACCUUGUAGUUUUUAAUUCCCUAAGCACUCAAUAAACUAUUUUCCAGAAAACAUGA